UUCAAGUUGUAUUAUGCUUCACUCUGCUCUUCUUCAAACAUAUCGCAGUCUUCUUUGACUUUGAGACAUGGCUGUGUUUAGAGAGACCUAGGUAACGUUUAGUCCGAACGCCUGCGAUGUUAAUUCUUCGAGCUUUGUAGUCAUAUAUUUCUUCAAAGAGCGGUCGUUCAUACGUUUUAGCGGACAUGACCGAUAAAGAUGUCGGUAAAGGGAAGGACAGCGCCGGGGAAAAAGGAUACAGGACCCCCGGCCUGAGGGGCGCACAGACAACGACACUGUUCCGAGCUGUCAACCCUGAACUCUUCAUAAAACCUAAUAAACCAGUGAUGGCGUUUGGACUGGUGACCAUCACCUUGUGUGUGGGCUACCUGGGCUAUAUGCAUGCGAUGAAAGAAAACGACCAGCAGCUAUAUGAGGCCAUCGACAGCGAAGGAGAAAGAUACAUGAGGAGGAAGACUUCCAAAUGGGACUGAUGGCACAACAUGUUCUGUGUGUGUGUGUGUGUGUGUGUGUGUGUGUGUGUGUGUGUGAGAAAGAGAGGACAGAGUGAAUUAAAGCCUGACUGGUCUGAAACAAGGACACCUGUCAGCUUUUCUCUAAAUGCUUCCAUUAAACUUCUCUAAUCUGUAAAUACAACUACAUUUCCACACAAUAAGAUAACUCUGUGCAAAAUUAAAAGCAGUAAACAUGAUGGUCACUAUUGAAA